UUUUCCAGUGAUGAGUCAUCCUCUGCUGUGUUCUCAGACAAAUAAAAUGUAAAUGUCCCUCUGUGCACUGAGCUGAACUGUCUGGUUGUGAUGUUUACAGCUGGAGAAAGGACGCGUCUUCAGAUGAUCAUGGGCCCACACGGCAUCAACCGAGCUGUACAGAGGCUGGAGUUCUGUGACUGCAAGAAGGGACUGGGUGUGAAAAUAAUCGGAGGUUACCGAGAGCUGACAGGAGAAGAGUUUGGUAUCUACAUCAAGCGGGUGAUAGCCGGUGGUUUGGCAGCGCUGGACGGUCGGCUUAAGUCAGGUGACCUGAUUUUGGAUGUCAAUAACAUCAGUCUGAUGGGGGUGACCAAUGAGAGGGCGGUGGAGAUCUUGAGGACAGCCUCGCUCUCUAAUCACAUGUCCCUGCUAAUCGCCAGAGAUGAAGAAUCCAGGAGGGAGUUUGCUGAGCUGAUGGAGAAAUAUGGCUCCAAUAACAUCACAGCCUCAGGACGAAUCUCUCCUACUCAACUCUCCACAGGGAAGCUGACAGACACAGCCUCCUCUUCCUCCUCCUCCAGAUCGGAGAGCCCCCAGCUCCUCAGUCCUAAAGAGGGGGUCACCGCCUACACCCACGCCCCCCCUUAUGCUGCCAACCCCCCCUACACCGUGCACACGCCUACGCACGCCUUCAGUGACAGUGUCAUUCAGUUGAUAUGCGUUGCCAAGGGAACAGGCCUGGGGAUCGUCAUCAAGGGGGGAGCCAAUCGUGCCGAAGGACCAAUGGUGUUCAUUCAGGAAAUAGUGCCUGGAGGAGACUGCCAGAAGGACGGCAGGCUGCAGGUCGGGGACCAGCUGGUGUCCAUUAACAAAGAGUCCCUGAUCGGAGUGACGUAUGAGGAGGCUCGCAGCAUCCUGACACGCACAAAACUCAGACCGGACCCCACGGUGGAAAUUGCCUUCAUCAGGCGGAGGUCGUCUUCCAGCUCCAGCAGCGGACCUCACAGCCCCAUCUCCCUCCAGGGGCCCGGAGGUGGAGGUGGACCCCAGGCGAGGGCACCUGUCCUCGGUGCCGCGCCUCCUCAGUCGGGCAUGGUCACCAAGAUCACCUCCAGCCCAAACCCUGCCAGUGAAACCCUGCCAGCGGUCAACGUCAGCCAGGUGCGAGUGUCUCCAGCCAGAAACGAGCCAACACGUGUCUCCUCUCCACCGGAGAGUGACAGCAUCCCAGAUACAAACCCUGAACCUUCCAGCAGUCAGCCUCCUCAGAGGAAAUGCUCCCUCAGCACCAGCUGUCGCCUCAAACUGGAGAGGUUGGAGCAGGCUCUAGAUCUGAUUGGUCUGAAGCCCACAGAAGCUCAGAGGCAGUCGCUCAGGUCCAGACUACGAGCUGAUCCAGCUGGAACCGUGGCCUUCACAGAUUUUGAGAGCCUGAUCAGGGAGCUGUUCAAGCCUCAGCUGGAGGAGCUGGCCGUCACUCAGCCGGGGUCGAGGUUCACUUCCGAUGACCUGUCCAGUUUGUUGGAGUCACCCACCAACCAGCGGCCAUCACUGUCAGACUCAGAGGACCUGGAGGAGAUGGAGAGGCUGAGGAAGGAGCACAUUGAGGCUCUGAGGGAGAUCAAGAGGCUGCAGGAGCAGCUGGUCGAGUCUCAGAGAGUUCACCAUCAGAUGGAGGAUGAGCUCAGUAAAGUCAAACAGGAAGUAAAACUCGGAGCCGAGGAGAGUCGGGCUCUGAGGACUCGGAUCCAGCUGGCUGAGGCAGCCCAGAAGCAGGCGAGGGGGAUGGAGAUGGACUACGAGGAGGUGAUCCACCUGCUGGAGGCCGAGAUCGCCGAGCUGAAGGCCCAGAGAGUGGAGCAGCCAGCACCGACCAAUAAGGAGGAGAUGGACGAGCUGAAGAAGAGAGUGGCCGUCCUGGAGUGUCAGCUACGGAAGAGCGAAGCGGCCAAAAAGGGCUUUGAGAUGUCGACAGGAAAACUGCUGAGUUUUGUUGAGAACGUUCAGGAGUUCCUGCUUGAAAGCCACGGACCAACGAAGAGCUACAGUUCUGGAGACGUUAAAGUCGGGGUGUCAUCUCAAGGCCUCCCUCCUCGCUACAAGAAGAGUCCCUGGACGGCGGCCACGCUGGCCCAGGAGGCGAAGGAGCUCACACGGACUGUCAGAGCCAUCCUGGAGGUCGACUGUCUUCCUUAUGGCUGGGAGGAGGCCUACACUGCAGACGGAGUGAAAUACUACAUCAAUCACGUGACCCAGACCACAUCGUGGAGCCUCCCUGUGACGAGCAUCAGCAGCACCAUGGGGCCUCCGUCACCUCAGGAGACCUCUGAGCCAGAGGGAGAGCAGGAUGGAGAGGCGACAGACCAGAAGACCUAGCCCGUCCAUAGAGACGGAGAUGUAGACCAGCAGAGACCAGAUUCUCCCUCCUGUCCUCUCUGUAGUAAUAUGUAUUUAUCUGUACAGGUUUUCCAGUUGUCCCACAACAUCUUUCCAAGUUUAUGUUUCUUUCUAAAAUCCUGGAGUUCUAGUUUCACUAAAUCCGGUUGCUGCAGCAAAACGUAAGAAAUUACUUUAAUAGUUAAAACUUCACUUAAUCAAUCACUGUAUGUAGAGAGGAAGUUACUGUAGCAUCAUGUAAAGUGUGACAUAACCUUCAAAAAUAACAUGUUCAUGUGAUUUAUUAAACUGAAUUAUUGAUCCUUUAUAAA